AUGGCGACAUCACUCGGGAAACGCAGGCAAAGAGAAGAAGACGCACAACCCUCCUCACAAUCACACGGAUCCACAUUAUUCGUAUCCAACCUCCCCUACGAUGCAACAUCCACAGACCUACAAACCACAUUCUCAGAUUUAGCACCCGUGCGAUAUGCUUUUGUCGUGUCUAAGAAUGGAACUGGGGAAUCGAAAGGGUUUGGUUAUGUGUCGUUUUCUAUCAAGGAGGAUGCGCAGACCGCUUUUGAUACCGCGUCGACUGAGGGGAUCGAGAUUAAUGGGAGGAAGUUGAGGGUUAAGUGGGCGGAUAAGAAGAUGGACAAGGGCAAAUUUGAAAGCUCGAAGGAGCGCGUUGGGAAGGACAAGAAGCAGGAGCCAAAAAAUCAGAAGACAAAAAGCCAGAGGAAGGCGAAAAAGCCAGAGGUGAAAAAGCAGGAAGUGGUAAAACAGGAGGCGAAAAAGCACAGGCAGGAAGUUCAAAAGCAGGAGGAAAGGGCGAAGCUCCAAGAUGUCGAUGAGAGUGACGCCGAAUCUGAUGAUGCCGAAGAGGGUGAUGUCAAGAUGGCCGACGCUGAAGGUGAAGAUAGCGAAGCAGAGCUGAGUGAUGAUGAAGAUGAAGAGGAGCAGUUAGGUCUUCAUGAAGACGAGCACAACAACGAGGAUGGAGACGAAGACGAAGACAUUGAAGACGACGAUGAGAAAGAAGCAAGUGUCGAACAUCAUCGACGUCCCAUGAAACCUCAGCUACCUCAAACGGACACAGGUACCACACUCUUCGUCCGCAAUAUCCCUUUCAUUGCUACAGAAGACGAACUACGGACACUAUUCCGCGCAUUUGGGCCUCUACGAUAUGCUCGAAUUACCGUUGAACCAGGCACCGAACGUUCACGAGGCACCGGUUUCGUUUGCUACUGGAAUAAAGAGGUCGCCGAUAAGGUGAUCGAGCAAAGCGAGAUUUUGCGUGCCGAAACCAUGGGCUCGCAACAACCAACAAAAAACCCAUUCACUCUGCCAUCAAUCUUGACGCCUGACCCAUCUUCAGGUAUAGCUAAAAGUCUUGUACUUCAUGGUCGCACUUUGGAUGUUGUGAGAGCCGUCACGCGCGAUCAAGCAGGUAAGCUGAAGGACGAAGGCGAGAAAAGGCGAGAGAAGGCAGACAAGAGAAAUCUCUACUUGUUACGUGAGGGAGUCAUCUUGCCUAAUACGCCAGCGGCCAGCACCAUAUCACCUAUUGAACUGGAGAAGCGGACUAAUUCAUUCACUGCCCGCCGCACGAUGUUGCGGACAAAUCCUUCCUUAUACGUAUCGAAGACCCGACUCAGCGUUCGCCAGAUACCCCUAUUCGUGACUGAGAGGACUCUCAAACGCCUCGCCCUCCACGCCCUUCGUACAUUCAAAGAUGAAGUCAAAAAGGGAGAACGCACCGAUUUGACUCCCGAUGAGCUCGAAGAACAAGAAUCUACCAAGGAAUCCGAUGAACCAGGAGACUCCAGCACAAAACCCAAGGCCGGGAAACGAUCGCAGGGAAGCAAAUCAAAAGGCGUCCAGCAAGCCAAAAUCGUGCGCCAACAUGAACGGAUAGAUUCUGUCACAGGAAAAGGUCGCAGCAAAGGUUACGGAUUUAUCGAGAUGCCGCGGCAUGCGGAUGCGCUACGCGUUCUUCGGUGGGCGAACAACAACCCUGCUGUGGCGCCACUUCUGAGCACCUGGUGGAAAGAAGAGCUUGGAGAUCUCAUCAAGCUUGAGAAGGGGAAGAAGGAUCCUGAUGAAGCUAGACUGAAGCGGUUAAAGGAUGAGCUCGAAGGCCAGGUGAAAAUACCGAAGGGCACGCUUGUCGUGGAAUUCUCUAUAGAAAACGUGCAGGUCGUCCAGCGAAGAGCGAACCAGAACAAGGAAAAACCGAUAGUAAAUACACGAAACACAAAAAGCCACGGUGAAAUCUCUCAAGAACCACCUAUGAAGAAACGACGCGUUGCGACCGAGGAAAUACCAGCGAAGCCUGUGAAAGAAGAACAUGCCAGUGGUGGUCAGAACAUCGGCGCAGUCAUUGGUAGAAAGAGGAAGGAGCGUAAAGCUGCCAAGAAGGGCGGAAAGUAG